AUGCAGGACUCGCUCUGGAGAAACCACAGCUCUGUUACUGAAUUCAUUCUUCUAGGAUUCUCCAGGGACACAAAGAUAAAUGCUAUUCUAUUUGGUGUCUUUCUCUUCCUCUACCUCAUCACCCUCCUGGGCAAUGGGCUCAUUAUCACUUUGAUACGCAUGGAUUUCCGCCUCCACACGCCCAUGUACUUUUUCCUCAGUGUCUUAUCCAUUCUGGACAUGGGCUAUGUCACCACCACAGUGCCCCAGAUGCUGGUGCAUCUGGUGUGUGAGAAGAAGACCAUCUCUUACAUGGGAUGUGUGGCCCAGAUGUACAUCUUCCUGAUGCUGGGAAUCACUGAGUCUUGGCUUUUUGCCAUCAUGGCUUAUGACAGGUAUGUGGCCAUUUGCCACCCUCUCAGGUACAAAGUCAUCAUGAGCCCUUCACUGUGUGGGUCAUUGGUGGCCUUCUGUGGAUUCUGGGGUAUCAGUUGUGCCCUGAUAUACACAGUCUCUGCUAUGAUUCUUCCCUACUGUGGCCCCAAUGAGAUCAACCACUUCUUCUGUGAAGUCCCUGCUGUUUUGAAGUUGGCCUGUGCAGACACCUCUCUCAAUGACCAGGUGGACUUCAUCCUGGGAUUCAUUCUUCUUUUGGUUCCACUCUCCCUCAUCAUCAUUGUCUACAUCAACAUCUUUGCUGCCAUCCUGAAGAUCCGCUCAACCCAAGGGCGGCUCAAGGCCUUCUCCACCUGUGCUUCUCACAUCACUGUGGUCACCAUGUUCUCUAUCCCAUGUAUGGUCAUGUAUAUGAGACCUGGAUCUGAGUCCUCCCCAGAAGAGGAUAAGAAGCUGGCUCUGUUCUACAAUGUCAUCUCUGCUUUCCUGAACCCCAUCAUCUACAGCCUCCGGAACAAAGAUGUGAAGAGGGCUUUCCUCAAAGUGUUAGGCCAUGACAAAGGGUCAGAAUGAUGUCCCAGAAGCAUGAACACCAAGAACCAAGCCAAAGACAACAGCCUACAUAUCUUCUUCAUCCAAAUUCCUUCUAACAUCCAGUGGGCACACAUGAUAUAUUCAUGGAAGAUAUUUGGCGAAAUUAUGUUUGAGAAGGCUAGGACAGUGGGUGACUCUCAAACAUGAGCACACCAGACCAUAGACUCCAUAAAGGCAGGUCCCGUAGUGAUCUCUCUUAUCAUCAGCUUAGACUAUCAGGCACAGAAUUAGCAUCGACAUGUGGGUGCUUUAAUUAAUGAAAUAAGCUCAAACUGCAGGGCAUACGGUGCCUCCAAGACACCCAGAUUAGUAACCUGACUACAGGUCAAUCAGAAGCAUGAUAACUCCUGAAGAAAGAACAAUUUGAGAUAAGUCAGUGGCUAUCACAGUAAAUAGAGUAAUACAGGUCAUUAUUAUCUAGUACUGUUAGGACAGUAUGAACUUAAGGUACAUAAACCCUCAUGCCAUUAAAGAGAAGAACUCUUUUUUUGGGAAGUGAUAUUUGUAGGGAGGAGAUAAUCUAGGGUGAACGUAUCACCUCUUCCAUCGACUUCAUAAUGUACUUUCAACUUCA